UUAUUAUUAUAUUUUUGCCGCCCGUAGAAAACCUUGUUAUCCUCUCCAAUCUUCAUCAUAAAGAAUGCAACCUACAAUGAAGAAGUGUUGGCUAUCCAAGUCUCAAAAAUGAGCUCAACCGGAAAAUGUCGCGUCUCUGUUUUUAGGCUCGUCACAACCACCACCGAGCAUGCUCCGACUAGCCUACCACCGCUUUCCGUUAGCAAGGAUCGCCGCCGAACUCUCACCCUUACUCCUCUUCUCCACCGAACAUCUCCCAUCAUCUUCCCCUUACGAGGCCAACACCCACCUUAAACAUCUCGUUAAAGCCAACCGCCUGGCAGACGCACGUCAACUGUUCGAUCAAAUGCACCAUCGCGACGAGAUCUCCUGGACCACCAUCAUCUCCGGCUACAUCGCCGCCUCCAACCCUAACGAAGCCCUUUCCCUUUUCUACUCUUUCCUCACUGACUCCUCCCUCUCUCCCGACUCCUUCAUCCUCAGCCUCGCCCUCAAAGCCUGCGCCUUCAAUUCUUCCUUUCAUCUGCACGGCCAUGCCAUCCACGCACUUACCCUCAAAUCCGGUGCACUGCACUCCGUCUUCGUCGGCUCAUCCCUCCUCGACUUCCAGUCUCGCGCAACUCCCAAUGAUCCCUCCGCUGCAUUCAAGGUCUUCGAAGAAAUGCCCCAACGCAACGUCGUCACCUGGACCUCAGCUAUCGCCGCCCUCGUUCGCGCCGGAAAAUGCCGCGACGCCCUUCUCGCCUUCGCCUCCAUGCCGGUUCCCUACGACUCUCACACCUACGCCAUUGCACUCAAGGCAUGCGCCGAUGCCGGUUUCCUGCUCACCGGCCGUGAAAUCCACGCCGGAGCUUUGAAGGACGGCCAAUCCAACAUCUCCUUCGUCUCCAACGCCCUUGUCACGCUCUACUCCAAGUCCCACCACCUCUACCCCGCCCUCACCAUCUUCGAAGCAAUGCAAACACGAGACGUUGCCUCCUGGACAACCCUAAUCUCUACAUACUCCCAAACAGGCCGACCAUCCGACGCCGUCGCCUCCUUCCUACGCCUCCUCGCCCACCCAAAAGACGGAAACCCUAACGACUACACCUACGCUGCCACAAUCUCCGCCUGCUCCACGCUCGCGGAUGCCACACUCGGCUCACAGAUCCACGCCCACGCGGCUCGGAGCGGAUUUGCUUCCGCCUCUUCCGUCUCCAACGCGCUCGUCACAAUGUACGCUCGUGCUGGGCUGCUACCCGCGGCGGUAGCCGCUUUCAGAGAAACCACGGCGAAGGACCUCGUCUCCUGGAGCGCGGUGAUCGCUGCGCAUGCGCAGGAAGGCCGUGCGGCCGAAUCAUUCUCGCUCUUCGACCAGAUGCGUUGCCAUGGCGGGGUUCCGGCGACCGAAAUCACUCUCGCGAGCCUCCUCAGCGCAAGCGCUUCAGCCGCAGUGCUCGACGCCGGCCGGCAAAUCCAUGCCCUUGCCCUUGCUGUGGGACUUGAAUCCGAUCCUAUGGUCACAAGCGCACUCAUUGCAAUGUACGGUAAAUGCGGCGGUAUAGACCAAGCUGCCGCCGUGUUCGCCUGCGUGCGGCCGGCGGACACAAUCUCAUGGACGGCGAUGAUCAUGGGCUACGCGGAGCAUGGACGAAGCGCGGAUGCGAUCCAACUGUUUGAUGUUAUGCGUGAGAGGAACAUAAAGCGGGAUGGUGUUACUUACCUCGGAGUUCUGACGGCGUGCAGCCAUGGUGGGAUGGUGGAGGAUGGACUGAGAUACUUGGACGCGAUGAGGGAGGAAGGGAUGGAGGCGGAGAAGGAGCACUAUGGUUGUUUAGUGGAUAUGUUGGGGAGGGCGGGUAGACUGAAGGAGGCGGAAGGGAUAGUGGAGAGGAUACCGGCGGGGAUGGCGGAUGAGGUGGCGUGGACGGCGUUGCUGAGAGCGUGCGAGGUGAAAGGGGAGGCGGUGGUGGGGAGAAAAGCGGCGGGGAGAGCGGUGGAGAAUGAUCCGGGAUGUGCGGGAGUGAGAGUGGUGAUGGCGAACUUAUAUGCGAAGGGGAGGAGGUGGAGGGAGGCGGCGAGGGUGAGGAAGGAGAUGAGGGAGAAGGGGAUGAGGAAGGAGGUGGGGUGGUCGUGGGUGGCCGGAAAUGGGGGAGAGGUGGAGGUGUUUGUUGCGGCGGGAAGAGAGCAUGCGAGGGCCAAUGAGGUUUAUGAAAUGAUUGGAUUAGUGGAUUUUGGGGCGAGGAUGGUUGGGAGAGAAGAAGAGUUGUAGUAAGAGUGGGGGAAUGGCAAAGAGAGGGAGGGGAGUUUGUGUUUUUGAAUUUAUUAAUUGAUUUCAAAUUUUGGAUUAAAAAUUACUACACCUCAUGGAUGAAUUUGCUAUAUAUUUGUGUAAAAAAAUUAAGCCAUGCUAAUAUCGAUCAUAAUGAGUUUAAAAAA